AUGUGUACUGUACAAAUCUACGUGCGCAUCAUUUUCCUCUGGCGUCUCGCUGACUUGGGAGGAAAGUCCCACUUCACGGAGCUGAGGCAGAUGGGCUCUGGCGUCAAUUGGAAAUACUUCCCCCGCGGACUCCGCGGACCCCCCUUCGCGCGCUCCGCGUUCCCACCCGCGCGCACCCCCGGCCUUCUCGCCGGCGCCCCAGGGGUCUGCAGCUCCCGGCUGGGGGCUUCGGCCGGCGAGCAGAGGGAGCAGACGGGGCUGUGCCACUUUUUUUGCCCUUUGCGGUGGCUUGAUGCCACAUGGCUCCUCCGGAGCUGCUGCCGGGUAGAGAGCGAGUGUUUUUUUUUCAAUGUCCGCAUUCCAGCUAAUGUUGCGCAGAUAAAAUUCAAACUUGAGGUAAACAGAAGAGGAGGAGGAGGAGGAGAAGGGGAGGGAGCGAGGAGGGGGGCUGUUUCCAUUUCGAGAUCCCACCUCUUCACUCGGCGGAGACCGACAUCCCGAACCUGGAGACAACUCUCGCCUUUCUCCCACGUCGCCCACCUUUGCUGUCAACAGGAAAUCAGGGCAGGGGGCGCGCUUCUGGGAAAGGACGCGGAGUCCGGGCGCUCGGGGACGGCAGCCCGUCGGAGCUCAGACCUCAGCCUCCGGGGGGUCGCAGGACGCGUAGGAGUUUACUGCAUAUUCUCAAAGAGUUGGGGUGUUUUUGCCUUCUGUUUUGAUGCCUCACUGAAUGAACUCGGAGCUACCUGUUAUAGGGAAAAGAUUAAUAGCAGCCUGGAAGCUGAGAAAAAAGUGGAAAAAGCAGGUGUACUUUUAGUGGAACCAAGCAAACCACUGAACAGGAUGCAUCCAGCCUGCGCUUGGAGAUUCUCUGAUGGCUAUUCAACCGGCCCUGUGGCAAUGUCUCCAUUUAUCAUAGUCUGUCAGUGGAGUGGCAAGUUCAGGAGGAAGCAGGGAUUGCCAGUAAAAGUCAUCUUCUCUGGAAAUUUCAAAGAUCAGAGCAAGUCGAUAAGGUCAAGGUGCUGCUUUUCUGAACAGAUAGCUCCAGAGGAUUUCUGCAGCCAGAAAACCACUGCCAACAGAUUGCAUUUACACCCAUGCUAUGUAAGUAGAGGCUUGUGCUCACAACUACCCUCAAAGGAGUUUUGUUAUAUUUUGUUCCUGAAUGAUACUCCAAUACAGUUUUUAAAAUGAU